AUGGCUAAAAUUCAGAACGUUGAAAUAGAACUGCAAGAGAAUUCUAUAGACAGCGAUGACGGUGAAUUCUUGGGAAUGGAAGAAGAACCACCUUUCGGAAGUGUUGUCCAUGAUAGGCCCCAAUUAGUGACACACUCGUAUAUAGACAGUAAUGAAGAUGAAAAUAGUUCUUCAUACAAUUUCAGAGAUCUAACUGGUUCUCUGACAUAUAAAAUAGUUCAAGUAAAGGAGGAAAUGCAAGCAAAUAAUAUGGCUGCUAAUUCACCGACACAUGUUAUCCCAACUGGAGAAUUCUUUGUCAUUAGUAAUCCAGUGGAAGUGUUCGGCACUGAAGGUCAAAAGAAGACUAUUAACAAACGUCAAAAUUUGCAGGCCAAAGCUGUAACAGCUAAAAAGCGAGAUGAUAAGAGAAGAGCAACUCACAAUGAAGUGGAAAGGAGGCGCAGAGACAAAAUCAAUAGUUGGAUAACAAAAAUAGCAGGAAUGGUACCAAAUUGUGGUCAGGCAGAGAGUGCUAGCAAAGGUGGUAUACUCGCCAAAGCCUGUGACCAUAUUGCUGAUCUCACAAUGAAAGCAAAUAAAUUAGAAAAGGCUGAGAGAGAUAAUGCAAAACUAAUACAAGAAGUGUUGCGGCUCAACCAAGAGUUAUCAGAGUUGAGGAAAGAAAACUCAUCAAUGCGUAAUCAGUUGGCUGACAAUUGCAUAGUAGCAAAUUUACAGCGAGCUAAAGGACAGAGGUCCUAG